AUGAUAAUUUUUCCAACCAGCACCCAUUCAUACUGCUCCUUACAGAACGACUUAUCGGGAGGAUACCUAGUAGAACUGAGGACCAAAGAAGACCGAUAUUGGAGGCCAGCACCACGAGAAGUCGUUGCCGAAAGUGAACCGCAGAGUGUGACAUUGAGCGAUCUGACACCAAACACUUUAUAUCAGUUCCGAGUUCGUUCGGUGGACACAUCGAUGUUAGGAGAUCCAUCCUCGCCGACGACGUGGGUAAAGACGCCCCCUGCUCCGCCGUCUGAAGCUGUGGAAAGCCUCAAGUGGAAGGCGCUAGACAACGUUACAAUUCUGGUCGAAUGGGAUCCUGUAGAAACGGCACACCAAUCAGGUGAUCAUCUGCGCUACCGUCUAUCCUGGUCGCUUGACAAAGAGACUAUGCAAGACCCGUCAUCCCAAGAGCGCAAGUUCCUUGCGCAUCAUAUUGAUACAAAUACUCCGCAAGCAAUCGUUCGUCUGAAUGCCACUGAGGACUGUCGAAUGCUGGUUUUCUCAGUGAGGCCUGUGAAUGAUCAAGGAGUUGGAGCGAUCAGUACGGAUACGGUGGCGUUUGUGAAUAGCAAAGGUGAACCAAGGCGAGUUUCGUUCACGAACGCCACCGUACUCAAUUCAACUCAUGUCUCGUUUUCAUGGGAGUGGGAAGAAACAAACGAGUGUGGGAGAGCGCAUGCCGUUCAGCUCUCCUGCACUUCGUCAGAGAAUGAUCCUCGAACUGUAAUUAUCUCGGGCGAGUUUUCCGAAUGGAUCCUUGGCGAACUGAAUGCUGACACCAAAUACAAAUGCGUAUUGAGGCCUUUGAAUGGCGAGGAUGACUACGGUGAGUACAGCAGUCCUGUGGAAGUCGUGACGGAGCACCAGCCGCCUUCUGAUGCACCGUCGAUCAGUAAACUCUCGUUAAGAACUACGGGAGAUGACGUCGGCUAUACGACUAUAAUCGAAUGGUCAGCAAUACCCUUUCCUCAGAAGAACGUUAGCGACGCCACUCGUGGAUACAAGAUUUUCGUUUACGUGUCUGAAACGGCUUCUGAAGCUGUUGUACUAACAAUGCCAAUCAGUCGUCUAUCGAAUCCAGAACGACCCAGCGCUCGGAUAGACGGUCUGCGCCUAAUGUACAUGUAUACCAUCCAGAUAGCCGGGUACAAUUCUGGUGGCAUAGGUCCGCUUAGCCCUCCCCGUACAAUUCGGCUUGGUCCACAGUCAUCAAUCGACGAUUCCUCUUCCACUACAGCUGAUCUCCGAUUUGGAGUCCUUCUUUUGGUUACAUUAUUAUUGUUAAUCCGGUAA